AUGGCCCAAACAACAGCCAAUAACUCCAUCGUUUGGUCCAGACCCGACCCCGGCCCCGACCCCGACCCCGACCCCGGCCCCGGCCCCGGCCCCGGCCCUGGCUCCUCCCGGGGCCCGCGGAGGACACAGGCGGCGCGGCCGCUGCCGCCGCCUCCGCUGCGGCUUCCCCGACCCGAGCUCCGCCGCUCGGCAGCGCGGGCCGCCGGCCCCGAGCCGCCGCUGUCCCGUGUCAGGGAGCGAAGGGCUGGCGAUGGCCGGCGCGGGGCGCUUGAGGGCCGCUCGGGGGCCGGUGCUGGCCCCGGGCCGAGCGCUGACAGCCGCGUCCCGCCCGCAGGGAAGGCGCAGCGGGGCCUGAAGGAGCAGUACCGGCUGGGCUCGCUGCUGGGGCGCGGCGGCUUCGGCAGCGUCUUCGCGGCCACGCGGCUCUCGGACGGCGCCCCGGUGGCCAUCAAAAGGGUGCCUCGGAACCGCGUGCAGCACUGGGGCGAGCUGCCCGACGGCACCAGCGCACCGCUGGAGAUCGUGCUGCUGGCCAAGGUGUCCACUGGCUUCUCCGGGAUCAUCCAGCUGCUGGAGUGGUGUGAAUUCCCCAACGACAUCGUGAUGGUGCUGGAGCGCCCGGAGCGGUGUCAGGACCUGCAUCAUUUCAUUCGGGCACGGGGCUUCCUGUGCGAGGAGGUGGCGCGGGAGCUGUUCCGCCAGGUGCUGGAGGCCGUGCGGCACUGCACCAGCUGCGGGGUCCUGCACCGCGACAUCAAACUAGCCAACAUCCUGGUUGACCUGGCCACCGGGCAGGCCAAACUGAUUGACUUUGGCUGUGGCACCUACCUGCAAGACACAGCCUACAUUCACUUUGCAGGAACACGCUCCUACAGCCCCCCGGAAUGGACCCACUUUGGCUGGUACUACGGCAAGCCAGCUACCAUCUGGAGCCUGGGCAUCGUGCUGCACCAGAUGGUCUGCGGGGAGCACCCUUUCAGGAGGGGCCAGAAGAUCAGCUGGGACCAGCAGCUCUCGCUGCCACAACGGCUCUCUCCAGAGUGCCAAGAUCUGAUCAGGCGGUGUUUAUCCAUGCUGGACGUGGAAAGGCCCUCAUUAGAAGAGCUGUUGUGUCAUCCUUGGAUGCAGGAUAUUCAUCUGCCCUAGAAGAAGGGAGAGAGCCACAGGCCCCCUUUGAUGCAGGGCCCUGGUAAGUCAGAGCUGCACA